ACUCGGUCAAUCCAACAUGGCCUCCAAACCGGCGAAAGGAGAACAGAGAGCCCUAAUUCAAGAAGAAAUAAAAAAUACUGGAGAGCGUAUACGCCAAUUAAAACUACAAGAACAGACAGAUGAAGUUAAAAACAAGACAUGAAGUCAUUAAGAGUCGUUAGCCAAGUCGUUAAAGGCUUCAGGGUUACCCCUUUGUUCCAUCGUGACUCCCAAGUCGCUAUUCUUACUUGUAGAUUCUGUAUAGAUAGCAAGAUAAAAGAAGAGACAUCUAAGCUGGUGGAACUAAAAAAGGAGCUUGGAGAUGGAGGGAAAACUCAAAAGUUUGUUCUUAAAACACCUAAGGGGACUAGGGACUACAUGCCAAAGCAGAUGGCUGUGCGGCAAAGAGCGUUUGAAGUGAUUGUAGGGGCUUUUGAGAGACAUGGUGCUGUUCAAAUUGAUACCCCAGUCUUUGAGUUAAAGGAAACACUCACAGGGAAGUAUGGAGAAGAUUCCAAGCUGAUCUAUGACCUAGCUGACCAGGGAGGGGAAAUGCUCUCCCUCAGAUAUGACUUAACUGUACCUUUUGCUAGAUAUGUAGCAAUGAAUAAAAUUGAUAAAAUAAAGAGAUACCAUAUUGCUAAAGUUUACCGGAGAGACAAUCCGGCCAUGACCCGUGGGAGAUACAGGGAAUUCUACCAAUGUGAUAUUGAUAUUGCUGGUCAAUAUGAUGCCAUGAUCCCAGAUGCUGAGUGUGUAAAAAUUGUUGCAGAGAUUUUGGCAGAUUUAGAGUUAGGAGAUUUUAAAAUAAAAGUUAACCAUAGAAGGCUGCUGGAUGGGAUGUUUGCUGUGUGUGGCGUUCCAGAGGGCAAGUUCAGGACCAUAUGUUCUGCUGUUGAUAAGCUGGAUAAAGCGACUUGGGAAGAAGUUAGGAAAGAGAUGGUUGAUGAGAAGGGUUUGGAAGGCUCUGCUGCUGAUCGUAUUGGAGAGUAUGUGAAGCUUUCAGGUGGUAUGGAUCUGGUCGAGAGACUUGCACAAGAUGGUGAACUCAUGAAGAAUAAGAACGCCAAAGAGGCUCUUGAGGACAUGAAGCUUCUACUGCAGUACUGUGAACUUUUUAAUGUUACAGACAAGGUAUUGUUUGACCUUAGUCUAGCUAGAGGGCUCGACUAUUACACAGGAGUCAUCUAUGAAGCCAUUCUGACAGGAAAGCUACCUGACCUUGGAAAGGCAGAAAAGGGUGAACCAGUGGGUGUCGGCUCAGUAGCAGGUGGUGGCCGAUAUGAUAACCUUGUUGGGAUGUUUGACCCAAAAGGAAGGAAGGUUCCAUGUGUUGGCGUCAGUAUAGGAAUAGAGCGCAUAUUCUCUAUCCUUGAGGCGAAGUCAGAGGCAUCAGACAAGAAGAUGAGAACAAACAAGACGCAAGUGCUCGUAGCAUCAGGACAGAAGAACAUGUUGCAGCACAGACUGAAACUUGCCAGUGAGCUAUGGGAGGCGGGUGUUAAGGCUGAAGUUCUGUACAAAAAGAACCCCAAGAUGUUGAACCAGUUCCAGUUUUGCGAAGAGGGUGGAGUCCCACUGUGCUUGGUGAUCGGCGAGAAGGAGUUAGAGGAGGGGAUCGUUACUCUGAGGGACAUGGAAAGCAGAGAGGAGGUCAGCGUCAAAAGAGCAGAUGUUUGUGACAUCAUCAAGAAGAGAUUACAGUCUGCGUAAGGAACCCCCGACAAAAGAAUACUAAUUCAUAUAUAUUUAGUUGUAAAAGCUCAGUAAAAGUGCAUUUUACGCCUUUACCACUUAAUCGUGGGUUUCGUGUCAUUCAUGUGGCGUAAAACGGAAUCUUCCUUAUGAAAUAUGUCAUGGGCUUGUGCAUCUUUUAAGAAAACGAUUUAUGUA